AUGAAGACACUUCCAAAUGACACAGAACCUUCUACCAACUUCCAAGUAACUAAAAACCCUUUAACAUUCUUUCGUGAAGGGGACACAGUGAAGUUCACAUGUACGGGUAACAUUGGAAACCCCCCUGGUAAUUAUAUUUGGCAGAUGAUUUCACCACAACAAGACCAACAGAUAAUUUAUUUCAAUGAAACUACAGAGAAAGAGGAGAUAUCUGAAAAAUGUUCUUUCAGAGGCACCAGCAAUCUGACAGUGCAUAUAGCCACAGACCAUUUAAAAGUGAAAUUUCGCUGUUUUGAAGAAUCACAAGCAGAUGUUCCUGAAACGUAUGUAGAAACACCGCCACUUGAUGUACAGUUUCACGUUAGAAAUAUUCACAUUGACAAACAGCCAAACCAAAAACAAUAUAAUGAUAAGACAGACAAGAUAACUUUGACAUGCACUGGAAGUGGAAAUCCAGAACCAAAUUACAGAUGGUUCAAAGAUGACAACAAAACAAACAUACUUUCAUGGACAAAUAUCUGUGUUAUUGACGAUGUUAUACAAAACAAUAGUGGCGAGUACACAUGUGAAGCUAACAAUAUUAUAGAUAACGUUAACUACAGAAAUUCAACCUCAGUGGAAAUUUACAUAAAAUCUUCUAUGUCAAAUUGA